AUGUCGGAAAUGAUUUUUGAGAAUACGGUUAAUCAGGACGGAACCAAAUUCAGGCAAAUACUGGAUCAGUUUAGCAUACAUUCCGGCGAAGUACCAAUGACUUCACCGUUUACAUUCCCACAAGCAGUAUCAUUUCCUAUCGAAAGAUUCAAAUUUUUUAUUCCACCAUCGUAUAUUUUUCCACCACCAAUUCCGCCUCAUUACUUUAGUGGCACACUUUUUAGACCAAUACAAUUUCCACAAUUUAAUGCUUUAAAUAAUCUAGUAUUAUCCAAAUUUUUGUCAAGUUAUAGUAAAUUAGCAUAA